AUGGGCCUUAAUAGGCUCGUCGUGCCCAUGCCGGCCUGCAGCACGGCUCCGGCUCCUCUUUUCCCCGCUGCCGCGGCAGUGGAGGGCCACGGUCCCGGUCAGGGAGGCGGCGGCGGAGGGCCAAGGGACCGGCUGGGGAGGCGGCGGUGGAGGGGCACGGCUCCUACCCCUCUUUUCCCACCGCCGCGGCCGUGGAGGGCCACGGUCCCGGCCCCUCUUUUCCCUACUGCCGCGGCCGUGGAGGGCCACGGUCCCGGCCGGAGAGGUGGCGGUGGAGGGCCAAGGGACCGGCCGGGGAGGCGGCGGCGGAGGCGCACGGCUCCGGCCCCUCUUUUCCCACCGCCGCGGUCGUGGAGGGCCACGGUCCUGGCCCCUCUUUUCCCACCGCCGCGGCCGUGGAGGGCCACGGUCCUGGCCGGGGAGGUGGUGGCGGAGGGGCUCAGCUCCGAUGGCAGGGGAAGGCACGGAGGCCGCGACGUGUGA